CCGUCAUGUCGUCGUCGUCGCGUGUUUUGUUUCAAAGCCGUUUGACGCAAGAUGCGGCGAUGUCACAGAGCAACAAAGCGUCGUCGCCGCCGGGCUCCCCGCCGCCCCCGCCCGGCCAGCCCGCCACCAGCGCCGCUCACAAGUUGCCAUCCCCGCGGGAACGGCGGCGCCAGCAACCCCCCCCCCCCCACCCCACGCUCCGCAUCGGCAUGACCAGGCCCAAGACGGCGCAGAGGGAGCCUCCGUGCUACCGCCGAGGGCAAAGAGCUUAGUUGAGCGCAGCUCCCCCGAAGACGAGGCCAAAUGGAAGGACAAGGGGACGGACGGCACAACGGUCCCAAUUGCUACCGGAUCCCGCUGCCGAUAGGGAACGGAGCGCGCAACAUGGAGACCCUGGGCCUGAGGGUUUUCAUUUUGAACCAGGAGAUCAUCUUCUCCAUCCACGCCAUGAUCAGGCCGCCCGACAACGACGCGCCCGACGACGACGACGGCAACACGGAAGACAACGACGAGGACGAAAACGAGGACGACGAAAACGUGGAGGACGACGCGGAAGAGGACGAGGCGGAAGAGGACGACGUCGAGCGGGAGGAGAACAUGGAGAACGCGGAGGACGAGGACGAAAUGGAAGACAGCGACGGCGACGCCGACGCCGAAGACGACGACGCGGAAGACGACGAGCGCCGCGGCGACGCCCACCCCGACUACCACGCCGACAAUCCCAACCUGGACGACGUGCACCUGAACGACGACAACGCCGUGCUCCUCUUCCGGAUCCGCGUCAGGCCGCUGCAGCACGGCGACGUCUUUGACGACAUCUUCCUGGAGUUGCGCUUGGUCAACAACGACGACUUUGACGAGAUCGACAACAACGAAGAGCGCAACGGCGACGCCAACGCGGACAACGUCGACGUGGACGACGACGACGGUUUUGAAAACGACAACAGCGACGACCGGGACCGCAGCCGCGAAGGCGACGGCGCUUUGGAGGACGCCGACUGUUGUGACGACGAAGGCUUUGAAGACAUCGAGCGUGACGGCGAAAGCGUCCGCGAUUGCGCCGUCGUCGCCGCGGUCGUCGACGAGGAGGCCGCCACCGACGACGACGAGGAUGCCGUCGCAGAGGACGGCGAGAGCGAGCGCGACGUCGGCGACGACGAGCAGCUUUUUGUGGAUACGCGCGUCCAGUACGCGUGGCUGCGCUUCGCCUGGCAGGCGUGGCCUCUCUCGUGCGGUGACGUCUUUGAAGAAAUUGUCUUUGAGUUUCAAGGAAUCGGCCAGGAAGACUUGGCCAUUCGCGCCUACAACGCCGCCUGGGAAAACGUGGAGGACGGCGACGAGCUCGACGUCCAGGACGCGGCCGACGGCGAGCGGGCUUCGGGGCCCGCCGACCGCCGCCCUUCGCCUUCGCCCGCGCCGACCGGCGGAUCCGAGGCGGAGGAAAUUGACCGGGAAGCCUUCCGGUGGUGGCGCGACUUUGAUUACGACUUUUCCCAGAGCGUCGGCAUCGACGACGCGGACGAAGAAGACCCUCCGCCCGCCCCGUGUGAGAAGGGGACGCGGGAGAGCGCGCCGGAAGCCGAGCCGGAGAGGAAGGCGGCGCUCCGGCUCGACUGCCAGCGCGACGCGCCCGACCAAGAAGAGGCUUGGGAGGAAGGCGGGGCCCGGGCCCGCCCGCAACCCUCACCCGGACCGUCCGGGAAGAGGUCGAGAGACGAGGCCGGCCUCGAGCGAGAAAGCGGACGGACCAAACGCUCGCGUCGGCGCUCGGAACGCGACGCGUCCGAAGACUCGCUCUCGGGCGCGGCCGCCGGACGCUCGUGAGGUGACUCGGACCGCCGAGGGAGACGGCGGAAGCGGCGGACGCCGACUCCGAGCGACGGCCGAGGAAAUCCGCGGCGGGGGUCGUCGUCGUCCGAGCGGGUGGGAGAAGGUGACACGGAUGGCAACAGGUUAGUUUGCUUUGAUUUCUCGCUUGAGUGGGCGGGGCCACCAAAAGAGUCACUGGGAGUCCUGGCGCCUGCUUUCCGACUGGUUGUUUUUGGCCUGCCAGAUUGGACUUUUUGUCGAUUUGAGAAAGGACACGUGAGCACGUGAAUGCUUCUGGUGGCUUCUUUGAAAGGGAAUGAAAGACUGGCAACCAAAAAGAUUGGCAUGCCCACCGCCACAAAGACACUUGGACAUCCAUUUCUUCUGUGUGUCCCCGAGAGGUUUCUUUCUUCUUGGAUUUGACUUUUCUUGUUCAUCUCUGCCACUUUGUCAGUUUAUGUUCAGAAAAACCUGCUUCGUUUGACAUUGAAGAUGACUUUGUUGUUUUUGAGUGUCAGAUUUACCCAGACCAGUCGUGCGUACUGAGGUCAAUGAGCGGUGGACCUUCGUCUCCUGUACUUGACGCAACGCGCGCGCCUCCGGCUUUGACUCGUUCAUUCAGCUGGAGGCUGCCGCUCGUGUCAAAGCAAACUUUUUACGGCGGUGUUCCAGGUUGCCGCGCCGCUCUUUUCAGAACACACGUCGAGUUCAAAGAACAACUUGCAGCUGGCAACGCUUUGCCAUAAUGAUGCCCGCUGAAUUCCGCACAAAUGAAGGCCGUCGCUGUAGACUCCGUCGCAAACGCCUUUCUUUUUUUUCGCUCCGCGGCUUGAGCGCACGUGUAGAGAGCGAUGAGAAUUCCCACCGGCCCUGACUUGUAUUAAAUGUUCUCAGACGGCCCCAAAAACGAUCCGGCACCACCGUCACGAGCCACGCUCAGGCCAGACAACGAUAAAAAAAGAUCCAUAUUUUUGAUGGAGGCGCCCCCCCCCCCCCCAAAAAAAAAUACUAAA